AUGAGCGCAGUCUGCAAAUGUGGCAAGGUCUGCAAAAAUCUGACAGAUCUUAAGAUACAUCAGACCAAGAUGCGCUGCUUAAGGAACCCUGUGGUGCAACGCACAGUGCCAGUACCCAGUACAGCAUCUGGUGAGACGGAGGAGGAUCCAGGCCCGGAGACACCCCACAGUGCCCAGAGCCUCCGUGCACCACCGGCGACACCCCAAAGCAGGCCAUCGGAACAUCGUCGAAUUUUGUGGCCCGCUACCAACAAGGAGUCGGAAUGGCAGCAGUUUGAUGUCGAUGUCGAUUCAGCCCUUGAAGCAACAGCAAAGGGUGAUGUAGAGCAGCGGCUCAGGACAAUGAGCACACUCAUAAUAUGCAUCGCAUCAGACAGGUUUGGCAUCAAGGACCAACAUGCCACCAAGACUUCAACAGCACCAAUUCCAAACCGGCGUGAGAAGAAGAUCUCUCAACUCAGAAAGGAGCUGAGGAUAUUAAGGAGCCAGUACAAGAAGGCUAACGACGAUGAGAAGGCAGCUUUGGCAGAGCUGAGGGGAGAGUGGCACAGGAAGAGGGGCAAAGAGAAGGCUCGCAAGCGCAGUGCCUUCAUUGCAAACCCAUUUGGUUUUACAAGGAAACUGCUGGGAGAGAAACGCAGUGGUCAGCUCUCGUGUCCAAAGGAAGACAUCAACCGCCACAUAAGUUACACCUACAGCGACAGCAUGAGAGACCAAGACCUCGGCCACUGUGAUGUCCUAGUAUGCCCCCCCGAACCCAGCACCCUGUUUGACAUCAGCGCACCUACCCUGAAGGAAGUCAAAGAAGUCAUCAAAGCUUCCAGAGCAGCAUCAGCACCAGGCCCAAGUGGGGUUCCAUACAAGGUCUUCAAGCAGUGUCCCCGCCUGCUGGAGCGCCUAUGGAAGAUCUUCAGAGUGAUCUGGAAGAAAGGGAAGGUACCCCAUCAGUGGAACUAUGCAGAAGGAGUAUGGAUCCCCAAGGUGGAGAACGCCAAGGACAUCGAGGAGUUCAGGUCAAUCUCCCUUCUCAGCGCAGAGUGCAAGGCCUUCUUCAAGAUCGUUUCCAAUCGCCUCAUGAGAUAUCUGCUCAAGAACUCCUACAUCGAUACCUCGGUGCAGAAAGGAGGAGUCCCAGGAGUCCCAGGGUGCAUCGAGCACACCGGUGUAGUGACCCAGCUGAUUCGUGAGGCGAGAGAGAGCAGGGGCGAUCUGGCAGUACUGUGGCUGGACCUUGCCAAUGCUUACGGGUCUAUUCCACACAAGCUGGUGGAAUUAUCCCUGUGUAAGUACCAUGUCCCAGAGAAAGUGCGCCACCUCAUCCUCGACUACUACGACCAUUUUAGUCUGAGGGUGUCUUCUGGGGCAACAACAUCAGAUUGGCAUCGUCUGGAAAAAGGAAUCAUCACGAUCUCUGUGUCUCUGUUUGCCCUCGCCAUGAACAUGCUCGUGAAGUCAGCAGAAGUGGAGUGUCGAGGACCACUGUCAAGAUCUGGUACCCGGCAGCCACCGAUAAGAGCAUUCAUGGAUGAUCUCACGGUAACCACAACAUCAGUGCCUGGAUGCAGAUGGCUCCUGCAAGGUCUGGACCGACUCAUCUCUUGGGCAAGAAUGAGUUUCAAGCCUGGGAAGUCCAGGUCCCUGGUCUUGAGGAAAGGGAAGGUGACGGACCGCUUCCGAUUCAGGCUGGGAGAUACCACCAUCCCAUCUGUAUCCGAGAAACCAGUGAAGAGCCUUGGAAAGCUCUUCACUGGCGAUCUGAAGGACACCAGGGCACGCCAGACCGCCAGUGAUGACCUCAACCAGUGGCUCUCAGCGGUAGACAAGAGUGGGCUUCCCGGGAAGUUCAAGGCCUGGAUCUACCAGCACAACAUCUUGCCUCGUCUCCUUUGGCCACUGCUAAUGUAUGAAAUCCCAGUCACAACCGUGGAGAGCUUUGAGCGAAAGAUCAGCCAGCACCUGCGCAGGUGGCUGGGCCUGCCACGUAGUCUGAGCAGUAUAGCACUGUUUGGACAUGGGACUAAGCUCCAGCUUCCGUUCAGCAGUGUCACCGAGGAGUUCAAGGUCGCCCGAGCCAGAGAGGUCCUGCUUUACAGAGACUCCUCUGAUGGGAAGGUAUCCUCAGCAGGGGUGGAGGUUCGCACAGGAAGGAAGUGGCGAGCCCAUGACGCAGUGGAGAGAGCAGAGGCAAGGCUGCGGCACAGUACCUUAGUAGGCACUGUGGCCACAGGGCGCGCAGGGCUGGGCAGCAUCCCGAAGCCUUGCUUCAGCAAAGCCAAAGGGAAGGAAAGGCGGAAGCUCAUACAGGAGGAGGUUCGGGCAGAGGUGGAAGAGGCUCGCCUCAGCAGAGUGGUGGGCAUGAGCAAGCAGGGGGCUUGGACCAAGUGGGAGCAUGUCACGAACCGCAAGAUCACAUGGACUGAGCUGUGGAAGGCGGAGCCACACCAUUUCAAGUUUCUUGUCCAGUCGGUUUACGACGUACUUCCAAGCCCUGCUAACUUGUUCACCUGGGGCCUGACAAACUCGCCGGUGUGUCAGCUCUGCCAGAAGAGAGGAUCUUUAGAACACAUCCUCAGCUGUUGCUCAAAGGCCUUGGGAGAUGGCAGAUAUCGUUGGCGCCACGACCAAGUCCUGCGGGCAAUAGCAGACACCAUUUGCACCGGCAUCAGUGUCAGCAAGGGGCAACAACCAACCAAGAGCGCAAUUGCUUUCGUCCGAGCAGGCGAGAGACCUCAACCCUCCAAGAAGACCCAAGGGGGCCUGCUCACUACAGCAAGGGACUGGCAGCUCUUGGUUGAUCUGGGGAGACAGUUGCGAUUCCCAGACAACAUCGCAUCUACGACACUCCGCCCUGAUAUGGUGUUGACGUCUACGUCCAGCAGGCAGGUGGUGCUCCUUGAGCUAACAGUUCCCUGGGAGGACCGAAUGGAGGAAGCUCAGGAGAGGAAGAGAGCAAAAUAUGCGGAUCUUGUGGCUGAGUGCCGGAGGAAUGGUUGGAGUGCCCGCUGCGAGCCAAUAGAGGUGGGUUGCAGAGGCUUCGCGGGCAGAUCCCUACACCGUGUCCUUGGGCUCCUUGGAAUUCGCGGACUGCACAGGAGAAGAGCCACCAAGAACAUCUUGGAAGCAGCAGAGAGGGCCUCACGGUGGCUCUGGUUGAGGAGGGGUGAGGCGUGGCGUAGUGCGCUACCUGGACACAAGUCGGGGAACUGA